AUGAAGCCGGUCCUCCGUCGAAUCACGAACGUCGGUUCGUGCGAUUACGUCGUGCCCUCAAACCAUCUGUUCCCGAGAAUCAGAAGUUUGCUCGGUGGAAAACCAGAUUGCUGUUAUCUCGACGAGUUCGCUCUACCAACGGACUUCUUCAUGUUUGAUCCUGCGAACGAACAGCUGCUAUCGAAUUGCCAGAUAGAAUGUGAAAAAUGGCCGGGGAAGGCCAUAGUAUGGAUGCAGCAACUCGAAGAGGCAUUCGAUUCUUUGGCUAGAGUGUUGCAAUGUCCGAAUGAAGAGCGUCGCACAGGCUUCUUGUAUACGUUUGUGGGAUACGAUUCUAGCACCAAGGGUCCCGAGAACUUCGCCAAGAAGAUACAAAAGAAGGUGGCAAGGCACGCACCUGGCUUUGUGGAAAUGGAAUGGCCGGAAGACAACGAUGCGAUGGCCAAGGUUCAAGAAGCGUUCCGGAGAUAUGUGCCAGUGAGCAAGAAACCGAUCAGUGUCGAGCGAGAUAGGCGACUUUUGAAAAAAGAAAAACUCGGGCCCGUAUUCUCGAGCAACUUCUAUCGCGAGGCCGGGUGCAGUGCAGGAUUGACGAUCAUGGUGACUGUCCACCUGGUGCAUGGCGCUGAUGGGAAAGCGCAUAGGGGAACUGAAAACUAUGAUGUCGCAAUCACCGUGAUGGACAACACCCACGACAAA